AGCAUCUCCUGGUGACAAUGAAGGCUACUGUGAAGUGCACAUUAUUAACCAUUAUUGGUGUGGAAAUCAUUAUAGUGUGUUUAGGAAAUGGAUUCAUAACUGUGGUGAACAUCAUGGAAUGGGCCAAGAAAAGAAAGCUCUCCCUAGUGGAUCAGAUAUUAACUGCUCUGGCCAUCUCCAGACUUGCUUUUUUGUGGUCUUUACUCAUAGUUUUAUUGAUGUCUGAGUUUCACCCACUAUUGAUGAUAACAAGAAAAAUUUUGAGAGUAAUUAAUAAUUUCUGGACAGUGACCAAUCAUUUCAGCAUCUGGCUUUCUACAUGUCUCAGCAUGUUUUAUUUUCUCAAGAUAGCUAAUUUUUCAAAUUCUAUUUUUCUUUCCCUAAGGUGGAGAGUAAAAACCGUUGUUUCAGUAAUGCUAAUGGCGUCUCUUGUCCUCUUGUUUGUAAAUGUUAUAGUCAUAAACACAUGUACUUUUAUCUUGGUUGAUGGAUAUAAAGUAAAUAUGUCUUAUAGUUCUCAUACAAAUAACAGUCUACAGUUUUCUAGGAUUCCUCUUUUCACCAACACUAUGUUCACAUUCAUACCCUUCAUUGUGACUCUGACAAUUUUUCUCCUGCUCAUCUUCUCCCUGUGGAGCCAUUUGAAGAAAAUGCAACACAUUGUGAAGGACUCCAGAGACCCCAGUACCACAGCCCACAUGAAGGCCCUGCAGAUGGUGGUCAUCUUUCUCUUACUAUACACCAUUUUUUUUCUGGCACUUGUCAUGCAAUCUCGGAAAGCAAAGAUUGGACAGAAAACUGUGUUCAAUUUUGUUUUUGAUGCUGCAGCACUUGCUUUUCCUUCAGGUCACUCCUGUGUCCUGAUUCUGGGAAAUUCUAAACUCAGACAGGCUUUUCUGCCCAUAAUGUGGUGGAUGAGAUCCAGUUUUAAUGCUGCAGAACUCCCAGGUCCUUAGAGCAAUUAGUGUAUUGACUUCCAGAGUCU